GCUGGGCGAAGGCGCAGGCGAAGGCUUCCCGGGAUUGAGGUAGUAGCUGAGGAGACGGCGGCGGCGGCGGCGGCCAUUUCCCUCACAGUGGCGGAGACCGAGGCGGCGGCGGACGGGGAGCGGCCCGGCCCCGGCCCCCUGCUCGUCGGUUGUGGCGGGGCCGGUGUGGGGCCUGCCCGGCUCCCGCCCCCUGCGGCGUCCCCGCCGGCUCCUCCUCCUCCCCCGGGGGGGCGGCGCAGGGGGCCCGGCCCGGCCCGAGCUCAGGCCGCUGCCGCUGUCGGAGGAGGAACAGGAGGAGGAGGAGGGUCAGGAGUAGCAGCGACAGCAGCCGCAGCAGCAGCAGCCGCAAGCGGCGGUGGCCCCUCCAUGGGCGGCCUAGCUGCCGGGAGGGACAUGGAGCCGGGGCUGCCCGUCGAGGUGCGUGGCUCCAACGGGGCCUUCUACAAGGGUUUUGUGAAGGAUGUCCAUGAAGACUCAGUUACAAUCUUCUUUGAGAACAACUGGCAGAGUGAGAGACAGAUCCCCUUUGGGGAUGUUCGACUACCACCACCCACUGACUACAGUAAGGAGAUCACUGAAGGGGAUGAGGUAGAGGUUUAUUCCCGAGCCAAUGAACAGGAGCCUUGUGGUUGGUGGCUGGCAAGGGUUCGAAUGAUGAAGGGAGAUUUCUAUGUCAUAGAAUAUGCAGCUUGUGAUGCCACCUACAAUGAGAUUGUGACCCUGGAACGGCUCCGACCUGUCAAUCCCAGUCCUCUGGCUACCAAAGGCAGUUUUUUCAAGGUUACCAUGGCGGUUCCUGAGGAUCUAAGAGAAGCCUGCUCCAAUGAGAAUGUCCAUAAAGAGUUCAAGAAGGCUUUAGGAGCCAACUGUAUCUUCCUAAACAUCACUAACAGUGAGCUCUUUAUUCUGUCAACAACAGAAGCUCCUAUAAAACGGGCAUCCUUGCUGGGUGACAUGCAUUUCCGAAGCCUCCGAACCAAACUGCUGCUCAUGUCCCGAAAUGAAGAGGCCACCAAGCAUUUAGAGACAAGCAAGCAGCUAGCAGCAGCAUUCCAGGAAGAAUUCACAGUACGGGAGGACCUAAUGGGACUAGCAAUUGGGACUCAUGGUGCCAAUAUCCAACAGGCCCGAAAAGUGCCUGGGGUGACGGCCAUUGAACUGGGCGAGGAAACUUGCACCUUUCGAAUCUAUGGGGAGACACCUGAGGCAUGCCGGCAGGCCCGAAGCUACCUUGAAUUCUCUGAAGACUCUGUCCAAGUGCCCCGGAAUCUGGUUGGCAAAGUAAUUGGGAAGAAUGGGAAAGUGAUCCAGGAGAUUGUAGAUAAAUCUGGUGUGGUGAGAGUUCGAGUGGAAGGUGAUAAUGACAAGAAGAAUCCCAGGGAGGAGGGAAUGGUUCCUUUCAUAUUUGUUGGCACCCGGGAAAAUAUCAGCAAUGCACAGGCUCUCCUGGAAUAUCAUCUCUCUUACUUGCAGGAGGUAGAACAACUUCGCUUAGAAAGGCUACAGAUUGAUGAGCAGCUUCGGCAGAUUGGGCUGGGCUUCCGUACCCCUGGAAGUGGCCGAGGGAGCAGUGGUGGUGACAAAACUGGCUAUGCUACGGAUGAAAGUUCUUCCUCUUCCCUCCAUGCUACUAGAACUUAUGGGGGUCGUGGCCGUGGCCGUAGGACAGGAAGUUCUGGCUAUGGCCCUGGUUCAGACCUGUCUACUGCUUCUGAAACGGAAUCUGAGAAACGAGAAGAGCCUGAUAGACCCGGACAUAGUGACCAAGAUGCCUCUAGCCGAGGUGAAGAAGGUCGUAGAAGACCAAUGGGGGGUCGAGGUCGAGGGUCCAAUCCUACACCUCGGCUUCCCACAAAGUACAGUACAUCUUCCAUUAGCUCAGUCCUGAAGGAUCCUGACAGUAACCCCUACAGCCUGCUGGACACAUCAGAACCAGAACCCCCAGUUGACUCUGAACCUGGAGAGCCACCUCCAGCUAGUGCUCGGCGCCGAAGAUCUCGCCGUCGCCGCACAGAUGAUGAUAGGACCAUAAUGGAUGGAGGACUGGAGUCUGAUGGGCCUAACCUGGCUGAAAAUGGUCUAGAAGAGGAAUCAAAACCCCAACGACGGAACCGAAGCCGUAGAAGGCGAAACCGUGGUAACCGGGCUGAUGGCUCUAUCAGCAGAGAUCGGCAGCCAGUGACAGUGGCAGAUUACAUUUCCCGGGCAGAAUCUCAAAGCCGGCAGAGGCAGCCCCCUGAACCCACUCAUGUUCCUUCCGAGGACUCCCUCUCAGGACCAAAGGGUGUCGGCAAGCUUUCUAAGGGCCCCUCCGAAAAUGGGGAGCUCUCUGCCUCCUUGGAGCUGGGCAGCUUGGUGAAUGGAGUCUCAUAAAAGUCCCUCCACUCUUCCCUGUAUCUCUCCCCUCCCAUCUUGCUUGCUACCCAACAAGCCCUUCCUGACCCGCAUUGGAGCUGCUCUUGUCUAAGGGGGGAGGGAACAGUGGCCACACUGUGGGUUUUUCCCACCCCCCAGGGGCUUGGGGGUGGGCGGGAUGGUGUGCUUGUUACAGGGUCACCCUCCCCUCUUUGUCCUCUGUCUACCCACCCUAUGGUGAGGGGAGCCUCCCCCCCAUCAGACUGGAUGUGCCUUUUAUCCUUUAAUGCCCCAAUCUCUCCUUGGCCCCCUAAUUCUCUCCCUGGCCUGUUUGUGGGGAGGGUCGUCUUGUACCCACCCAAAUGUGAUGGUUUGGGGGAUUCCCUUGGCACCCCUUCUCAUCCUGUCCCCCCUCUCUGGGCCUCAUCACUGUGGAGGAUGGGGGUGGUGUCAUUGGGUGGGAGGCAUGGGAAGGGGGGUUUGAAGCAGGGGUAGGGGCCUACUAAGGUCUCUGGGGGUGGGAAGUAGGGGGGCAGACUUUGUCUGGCUAAUGAGAAGGUGUAUUUAUUUUUCACUGUACAGUAUUUAAAAAGAGAAUAAAAAAAUCCAAAUGGCUCCCUUCUAUCCUCCCAGUCUUGUUUCUCACAUGCAGCCACAUUGUUCACCUUGUCCAUGUUCCACCCAACUUGGCCUUAUCACCAUAUCUCUAGAGCACCUUAACUCUGGAAAUGAUGCCUUUUCUUUUCACCCUUCCCCUAAGUCAGAACGGAGCUACCCAAGUGUCCCCACCCAACUUACUGCUAAGUGAGUUGGGCCAUUCCUAUACUUAUCUUGCUACCAGCCUACUGUGACUCAGAGAUGUCCCUCCCUAGCAGUUGAGAUUUGGGGCUAAGGCUUAAUCAGCUUAGUUUAUUUUGGAGUCCCCUAGGGCCAGAGUUGGGUCCUGAAGAUUGCACACAAAGUGAGGUGUUUUCCUGAUGGUACACCUGAUUACAUUUUUUCUCCGAAGCUCUAGACUCUAAUGGUUCUGCUGCUUCAGUGGCCAAAUUUCCUCUCCCCCUGCACUUUGAGAAUGCAGUUUGAGAAAGGAUCAGAAAUGUAGGAUUAAGGAUAAUC